GUCGGGCCCAGGUGACCACCAGGGUGCGCUACCGAGCCGGAACGUACGCUGGGACUAUGUGCGUGCUCUUCGUCCUGUGCGGCGGGCUGAGCCUGGGCGUCAUUAGCGCGGCGAGCUACAAGGUGACCCCCGCGCGGGGCGAACGCGCACCAGUGUGCUCUGCCAGUCGAUAGCAGCAGCGCCGCCGCAUGGCCCGAGAUGCUGGCGGGUACCUGGCCUCCUUCUUCUCCACGCCCUUCCCGAGGUUCCGGCGGAAGACCGAGCUCCUGGCCUACUUGUUUCUGUGCGUGUCCAAGAUGCCCUUCAUCCCGCCCGUGUCGGUGAUGGCAGCGGCGUCGGCCGGACCGGGCGGCAAGGCGGCGCCCCCGAAAGAAGGCGACUCGGUGAAGGAGCGCCUGGCGUCCAACCUCAAGCAGCUGGGCAAGAAGAGCCACCUGCCCACGGCCACCAGAGGGCUGUCGGAGCCCAGGAAGAAGGGACCCUCGUCAUGCGGGGGGACGCCCGAGAGCCUCCCCGCCUCCAGGUCUGGGGAGUCCUUGUCCAAGACCUGCCAGGUGAGACCCCGGAUCAAAUCCCGCCCGGAGGAAACCCGAUUCACGCUGACCCUAACCCCCGAGGCGGUCCUGCUGCUGCAGAGGCGCAACAACAACAACAACCAUAACCACCACCACCUUUCCGGAAGUGUCCCGGACUCCAGGCGAUUCAGGAGGAGCCCCCGCCUGGGCGCCUCCCCGUCCCCGCGGCCCCACGACCGGGCGGCGGCAUUGGUCAGGACUCGCUGCGACGUGAGCUCUAUGGUGAAGGUGUCCCUGCUGAACGAGCGUCACCGCUACGACGACGAGGAGUACGAGGACGAGGAGGAGCGGGGCGGCGGGGUGGACCAGCGCGUGGUGCUCAAGUGCACCGAGUGGCUGCGGGGGCUGGAGAACACGCCCAUCACCGUGGGAACCCGGAAGAGCGCCGGGGUCAAGAGCUUCUGAACCCCACUUCCGGCAGCAAGAGGAGCAACUGAGAGGAAGAUUGCUGUUCAAUGGGGGGGGGGACUAAGGACAUGUUCCGGCUGCUUU